CGUAUUGUCAGAGAGGCGCGCGGGCGCAUGUGUGUGUGUGUGUUUGUGUUUGGUUCACUCCUCCACUCCACGGCGCAGGAUCUUUCCAUCGCUUCCGCGGAAGAACCCGUCUCUGCUGUCCCACUGAAGAUGGAGCUAUCUGCGGCAGGCGACCGUGUGUUUGCCGCCGAGGCCAUUCUGAAGCGCCGCGUCCGUAAGGGACGGAUGGAGUACUUAGUGAAAUGGAAAGGAUGGGCAAUAAAGUACAGCACAUGGGAACCUGAGGAGAACAUCCUAGAUGAACGACUGGUUGCAGCAUUUGAACAAAAAGAGCGAGAGCAAGAGAUGUACGGACCUAAAAAGAGAGGCCCGAAACCUAAAACGCUGCUUCUAAAGUCAAGAGCGCAGGCUGCAGACACUUCCCCAAGAGUCCCGGAGUUCAAGCAUAGUCGUCCUCAGCUGCAUUCCAAGCUUCCUCCACCCUUAGCUGCACCUUCCUACACCCCAACUGCCCCAUCUAAUGCUAAACUACAGUCGGGCGCUGCUCAGCCCAAACUCAAAAAAGACAUUCACCGCUGCCAUCGCAUGGCACGCCGCCCCUUGCCCCGCCUGGAUCAAACAGUCGGUCCCUCCGGUCCUUUUUCGUCCCGUCCAACAGUCAGUCCCUUUUCGGAAACGGUCCGUAUUCUCAAUCGAAAAGUCAAACCCAGGGAAGUGAAAAAGGGACGGGUCAUUCUGAACCUCAAAGUGGUUGACAAGGCUGGGAAUGGCGGAGUUGCUAAUAGUAGAAGGACACACAUGCCCGCUUCCCAGCAGUCCCAUUUUGGGCGGCAAAAAAUUCCAUCCCGGAACAGGGUGAUUGGUAAAAACAGGCGGUUUGGAGAAGUGUCCUACCGAGGAAUCCAGCCUCCAAUUAGGAGUUCUGGGUUUCCUGUUUUCGGAAAACUCUUCGAUUCUCACUCUCUGAGCAAUGCAGACAACCAGACUCAAAGUGGAGAGAGUCGCAACAACACAAACAAUCUCUCUUCCUCCAAAAGUUCAAAGGUCCUGGACGUGUCCAAAGGUCAGACUCUCAAUGAUGAACUGCCUCCGUCAAACUCGAGCUCUGAAGUUUCAGACGGCGAGCCACCCUCUCCGCGACAAACCCAAUUCCAGCAUUCCUCAUUACCACCCAAAACCUCUGCAACCAACGCCCAAGAUCCUGCCCUUCACAAAGUGGGCGCUCAACCCGUGGCAUCCAAAAACAGCUCGGGUCCUUCUGCUCUUCCAUCCUCUCCUAUGUUUUCCUCCUCGUCCUCUGCGUCGUCAUCCUCAGAAGACAACGAACACAUCCUGGACCUCUCCGUACCUAAUGAAAUGGACAGGCGAUUGCGGCGACGGCAUCCCUUCUCUGGCCGUCGGCAGCUCAAGGUCCCAGAGGUUCCCGUGUCAGAGGAGCCGUCGGAGGAAGAAGAUUUGGACUGGCAUCCUGACAUGACAUCCCGAUGUGCCAAUGUGGUCGUUACGGAUAUCACAGCUAACCUCCUCACCGUAACCAUCAAGGAGUUCUGUCAUCCACCAUCCGCUACCUCUCCUCCCUGCUACCCCAAAAAUAUAUCAGCUCAACACAACACACAACAGCCAAAGCAUCCCCCUAACAAAACAUGAGUGCAGACAACACCGAUACGGCCUCCUCUAGCCUUCAAAAGGGAUGUUAGGAGGUGUGUUAGUAGAUUGUUUACAGUUUCAGCUGCCUUUGUUAAGAGAUGUGGCCAAGCUGUCCACUCUACAACACUGUGCCAUGACUUUUAUAACCAUGAAAGAAUGUCUCUGAUGAAGGUUUUUUGGCUCAUUGUGUUCAUUCUGAACACAUCGACUUUUCUAAGCAGAUUAACUCACCAAUGGCUUCUUUAAAGAUGUGCCAAUCAAUUUCCUUUAUGCUAUUUAUUCCAUAAGUCACAACUGAUUGAGUUGUACCAUUCAAAAGUUUGGGGUUGGUAAGAUUUUUGUAAGAUUUUUGUCUCUUAGGCAAAAAAAUAUAGAAAAAAA